AUGCUUGCCUGCUCAGGCACAUCAACUCCAUGGCCGCAGCGACAGCCUCCGUCCCCGUGCCCAGGCGCGGGCGGCGGCGCCUCGCGCCAUGUGGCGCUCGCGGCCAGGAGCAAGCGGCGGGGUGCGGGCGCCGCGGGGGAGGAGGGGGUGGACGAGGCAGCGGAGGCGGCGGAGCUGGUGCGCUCGCUGCUGCGGAGGACGGCCGGCGGCAAGGAGCGGCUGGUGCCAGUGCUGGACCGCCACGUGCGGGUGGUCCGCACCGAGCACUGCUUCCUCCUCUUCGAGGAGCUCGGCCGCCGCGACGCCUGGCUCCAGUGUCUUGAGGUAUUCAGAUGGAUGCAGAAACAGCGGUGGUAUGUUGCUGACAAUGGCAUCUACUCCAAGUUAAUAUCUGUGAUGGGAAGGAAAGGCCAGAUACGGAUGGCAAUGUGGCUGUUCUCUCAGAUGCGGAACAGCGGGUGCAAGCCGGAUACGUCUGUAUAUAACUCUCUUAUCGGUGCACAUCUGCAUUCACGAGACAAGAGUAAGGCUUUGGCCAAAGCUCUUGGAUAUUUUGAGAAGAUGAAGUGUAUAGAGAGAUGCCAACCGACUAUUGUGACAUACAACAUUCUUCUAAGGGCUUUUGCGCAGGCUGGUGACACAAAGCAGGUAGACAUCUUGUUCAAGGAUCUGGAUGAAAGUGUAGUCUCCCCUGACAUAUAUACUUACAAUGGAGUGCUUGACGCAUAUGGGAAGAAUGGCAUGAUCAAAGAGAUGGAAUCUGUGUUGCUGCGGAUGAAAAGCAAACAGUGCCGUCCAGAUGUGAUCACAUUCAACAUACUCAUAGAUUCAUAUGGGCGGAAGCAGACAUUUGAUAAGAUGGAGCAGGUGUUCAAGAGCCUACUGCGAUCAAAGGUGAGGCCUACACACCCAACGUUUAAUUCCAUGAUAACAAAUUAUGGGAAAGCAAGGCUCAGAGAGAAAGCAGAGUCUGUAGUUGAGAAGAUGGAAGAAUUGGGAUUCAAACCAAACUAUGUGACACAAGAAUGCCUCAUCAUGAUGUAUGCUCAUUGUGAUUGUGUCUCAAAGGCCCGGCAAGUGUUUGAUGAGCUUGUGAGCUCACAAAACAAAGUGCACCUUUCUUCGUUGAACUCGAUGCUUGAUGCCUACUGCAUGAACGGCUUGCACACAGAAGCAGAUCAGCUGCUGGAUACUGCACUGCAGAAAUGUGUUGUGCCCAAUGGUUCCACCUACAAGCUGCUCUACAAGGCCUACACCAAGGCGAACGAUAAGGUACUAGUGCAGAAGUUGCUCAAGAGAAUGAAUAAUCAGGGGAUAGUCCCGAAUAAAAAGUUCUUCCUGGACGCUUUGGAAGCUUUUGGCACCUCUGAGAGGAAACCCAGGACAUCACCAGCCAUAAACUCUGCAAGCAAACCAAGUGCAGAUUCUGCUGGUGACUCAGAAUCAGGUACUUCUAACAAGCCAGAGGAGUUCCUCUGCUCCCAACAGGAUGCUCCUUUCCCUACUGAAGAAUGCUGA